CUUUAUCACUGAGAAAAUACGAUAGGCAUGACUUCGCCGAUGAAUGACUAAGUGGCCGAUGUGGCGUCACCGGGCCCGUGCUCCGGCUAUCUAGCUGCACCCACGCCGAGGCGAGUGGCCCAAUACAAAUGGAGACGCCGACGCCGUGAACUGGCUGGUGUCUGGUUUUCAGCAGCGAGCAGACAAGAAAAUCUUGACUAUCAGGGAAUCCAUAUAAGCUCUCCACACAAGUGUCGAAGAACGACUUCUUGUACCGCAAUGGCUAAGCACAGGCAGUACAAGCUCACCACGCUUCUCAAGCGAAGGUCCGACAUUACCGAACACGAAUUUCAUAGGUACUGGUCUGAGAAACAUCCGCUUGUUGUCAACCAGUGGCUUGUCAAACACGGCGUCGUCAAAUACGUUCAGUAUCACACGCCAUCGCAGUUUCGAGAGGAGUGCGAGUUCGGACAAGGCUCCAGCCAUAUAGCCGAGUUUGACGGUUACGUCGAACUUACAGUGCCGAACAUCGAUGCUUUAAAGGACGCUUUCAAGGAUCCUUUCUACAAAUCCCAUGUCGCGCCUGAUGAAGCUGCGUUUAUCGAUGCUCAAGAAACGCGCCGCACAUUCGGCUAUGAGGAACUCUAUAUCGAAGGCAGCAAGAUCGAACAGAACUGAGAACCUCGACUGAAAAGCCGCUAGAACGCAGGUUCUCUCCAUAGUGACCAGCGGGUCCGACAGUUCGCUACCUGACGCAGGUCUUGGACCCGGCCUCACCACAGAUGGAAGCAAUUUGUCCAUCCCACCAAGAUCAAUCCAAGUACUCUCUUUGCUCCAGCAUUCGUCUAGCUCAGUACUAUCAAAGUCAAGCUUUUGAACGCUUUAGGUCAAUUUUCGCGUUUGUAGACCAGCGGCGCUUGUUUCGCUGAUGGAAUGGCUGAGGUUAAACGCGUGCGUCAGCGCACGGCCCAACUGUGACUUAGUCAUGUCUCCCGGACGUCAAAUUGCCUUUCUCGCUCUGUACCGUGCCCGUCACCUAUGCUCAUCUGUCUUCAGAGAAUUCUCGUCUCGCGCC